AACCUAUCUAAGAGUAGUCGCCGGCACUUCAAGGUGAUGGAGCGGAGAUGAUCCAUGCGCUGCUAUGGUACACAGUACAUAGAAAUGGUUGCGAUGGAUAAACUAUCUAACCUACCUGGUAGGUAGGUACCUAGGUAGGUAGACAAGACAAUCGAAGGGUGACAAGGACGAUGGCAAGGCUAUUCCAAUACUCUUGUACUACAAACAAAAUCGAUUCGUUAUCACCCGAGAUGUAAGGACUCAAGUCAUACAUUAACAUCUAUGAAUUACAACGAAUCGAGUUGUUUCAAUAGGACAGAAGUACAUAUAGAGUAAAUACCUGUCCUACAUAUGCUAAGUUCGGACUGAGCACAUCCUUGUAGUGGGUUUUAUGGAGAAUGGCUUGGGUCUCGGGUGAUAAAACUAGAAGACACUCUUCUGUUCGUAUCCAAUUCGAGUCUACAGAAGUUUCAAGGUGCUAAAAAGCUAUUACUACCUAUAUAUAUCAUUCAGCUUCAACUAUAUAUAAAUCGACCACAUGUGAUAAGGGGUGGGUUAAGUAACACGAAAGUCGUGUUCCGUGAAGUAUGACCGGUGAUCCCUAUUUAGGACGCGUAAUUAUAGCUUUCGAAGGCGGAAUCACUACACGUGUGAUAAAUCAUCCUUCUCAUCCUAACCGAGCCUUCGCCUACGACGUGACCUUUCUUCUCCAGCAUCCACGGGUCGUCGCAGUCGCAUCACAGAAGCCACCGCUGCAUUUCCACCCACAUCAAGAAGAAUAUCUCCAGGUGCUCGAAGGAAGUCUAGCCGUAGAAGUUGAGGGCAAGGAACGUAUUCUUGUCCCCGAAGAUGGGGAGGUUACCUUUCCUCCGUGGACAAACCAUAGGCUGUACUCGCCGGAUACAAAGGAUACAGGCGAGAACUUAAAGGUGACGAGAUUCUUACUUUCAGCUGAGAGUACCCUUGAGCUAUUCAAGCUUGAUACUGUCUUCUUCGAGAAUUGGUAUGCAUACCAAGACCAAAUUGUUGUUAAAGGCGAGAAGGUCGACUUGAUUCAGGUUAUGAGUAUGUUUGAUGCAGGUGGUUCUUACCUUUCACUCCCACGCUGGAUACCGUUCAGCAAAACGUUGGCGUAUGCUUUGGGUGUUGUAGUAGGUAGAUGGCUAGGAGGUAUUCUGGGAUAUCAGCCGUUCUAUCGAAAGUGGACAACAGAUUGGCAAUCGGCGUGCUACAAGAUGGAUAUGUCUAUCUUUCAAAGGCGGUUUGCCGAUCGAGCCAAGACUGAAUAGAGGAACGCUUCUUACUUCGCUGUACAUGUGAAAUCUUGGAAAUUUCCUCAUAAAUAAAACCUUUCUCAAUUUGGGGAAUUUAAAAUACUACUCGGCAAUAACUUCAUUUUUCUGCGCUCUUGAAAAAGCUUAGGCUUCAACAUGCCGCGAAAGCCCGUCCCCCACUCAUUCAAAGACUGCUCGCAAUAGCGGUGUUCUCCUUGGUAACCUUUGCCCACUCGGCGCUCUUAACCCAUAGCUUCUCCUGCUUAUCCUCAUUAUAACU